AUGGAACAAUAUAAUGUCCCAAUACAUGUUGUUGACCUUUAUAGUUUUGAGAGUUUGGCUUUUAUUAAAGCGCUUAAGAAAAGAAUAGCAAUAUUAACAUAUAAGGUCCAAUAUGCUAUAGAGGGACGAUUAACUGAUGGGGAGCGAUCAAGAGUAUUUAAGAAAACCCUUAAAAAGUAUAUUAAUUAUCUGAAUAACGGCGAGUUGGAAAAAGACCAUAGACAUAGAGCAACCGAUCCAUAUUGGAGCUUACGUGUCUUUAAGAUAAAAAGGGUUGUUAUUGGGAAAAAUCCACCACAGCUAGUCUUAUAUUAUCUUGAGGAUGAACCUAUUGAAUCAACUGCUCAUCUGAUAGGACGAAACUCCAAAAGGCCCUUUAAAUAUAAGGAACUUCAAGAAAUUGAAGAGCCUGAUAAAAUCGACGGUGAACGCAAGUGUCAAUAUAUUUUUGAAGAUCUGCUAAGAAAGAAAUUCCCACCCUGUAGACCAUUAUUUUUGAAUGGGAUGCAUUUGGAUGGUUAUAACGAGGAAUUGCAUCUUGCUUCUGAAUUCCAGGGAGAGGGGUAUAGAUUUGGAGAAACAAAAAUUACGAGAUCAGAAGAAGCAGGAUAUAUGCAAGGAGCAAG